CUCUGCCACUGCUGAAUGCAUUAGUCUAAUGAGAUGUCUGCAGCCUGUGUGCCGAGCAGCAGCAGCAGCAGCAGCAGCAGCAGUAGUGUAUUAACCAAAAAGAGGACAAGGAAAAAGCUAGAGCAAGAUGGCUUAGCCUUCAUUGUUAGGAAUUUAGCUUUACAGUCACCUUUAGGCUCCUGGGACAUAAGACAAAAGGGCUUGGCUCUUGGGCUUUCACAAUAGAAGACAGCAGCUCCAAAUGAGUGUACCUUCAGCGACGGCACAGAAGUCAGACAGCAACAGUGACAUGCAAUCAGCUGCAGUAGCUCCCUCCUUCAUCCCCAGCCAGUCGGGGAAGAUUCCGGGCAGGAAGAGAGGGAGACCCCCGCUCCGCAAUGUCGCCAAGAUGGAUUUUCCAAAUUGCUACCCCGAGUCGCUCCCUCCACUCAAAGUGCCAAAGAAGAGGGGGAGAAAGCCGGGCUUCAAGCUCAAACCCCGGAUGGUGAUGACACCGUUGGCUAUCUCUCCACCCAGCAGCACCCCUGAGCCUGAUAUGAGCUCCAUUCCUCAGGAUGCCGCCACCAUCCCCCACUCUGCCACGCCCCAGGUGCUUACAGUCUGUAUCUACAUCAACAAGCAGGCCAACACGGGCCCCAACCUGGACAGGAAGAAGAUCCAGCAGCUCCCUGAUCACUUUGGACCCGACAGGCCCUCCGUGGUGCUGCAGCAGGCCGUCCAAGGCUGCAUCGACAGCGCCUUCCUGCAGAAAACAGUGUUCACGCUCCUCACACAAGGCUACGGGGGAGAAAAAAUAUCAGCCACGUUCGAUGGGAAGCAGCACCUUCUCAGCCUCCCUGUAGUCAACAGUAUCGACUACGUGCUCCGUUUUCUGAAGAAACUCUGCCGCAGCUUGCACUGUGAAAACCUCUUCAGUGAUCAGCCCAUUACCCAGCACAGUGGUGGCUCCUACCAGUCAGAUGCUGAAACAUCUAUGGCCGAGGACUACCAUUUAGACCAGUCUGAUGGCAAACGCUACUCCGUGGACCCCGGCGAUUCUGCUUUCAACUCCAUAAGCUCGUCCUACUCGCCAAAGACCUCCUACGGGUUUCGUUCAACGCAGCAGUUCUCCAGUGGCUCGGCCUCCAUGAGCAUGUGCAGGCAGUCGUCCACCAGCCCCAACACGUUCCCAGAGAGCAACAGGACAGGAGGUUAUAAUGCAUCUCCAGAGUCCCAGGACGCCAAGGCUCCACCCAAUAAAGACCCAUCCACCUGGUCUGUGGAAGAUGUUGUCUGGUUCAUCAGGGAUGCAGACCCCCACGCUCUCGGCCCUCAUGCAGACGUCUUUAGGAAACAUGAGAUUGAUGGAAACGCUUUGUUACUCCUAAAAAGCGACAUGAUCAUGAAGUACCUUGGACUGAAACUGGGGCCGGCCUUGAAGCUUUGCUACCACAUCGACAAACUAAAGCAGACUAAGUUCUGAACACUUUCUACAAUAUAUUUCCCAUUCCUCGAAUCCAACAAUACAUUUGAGAAGGGACUCCAGGUCGGUGAGCCAAUAGGAAGAGGGUAGGACCUUGAGGCACUCAAUUCAAUUCAAUUUUAUUUCUAGUAUCAAAUCAUAACAAAAGUUAUCUUAAGACACUUUACAGAUAGAGUAAGUCUAGACCACACUCUAUCAUUUAAAAAGCCCCAACAAUUCUAGUAAUUCCCCCAAGAGCAAGCAGUGCGACAGUAGAGACCCUGUCUCAUGGUAAACGGUGUCUGAGGGUCCCGGUUGGGGGUGAUGUACAGUGGCAAUAAUAGUCACAAUAAAGAUAAAUGGAACAGUGACUACAAAUGGUAAUCGUAGUAGUUCAUGUCAUAGCAGGGCGCCGCAGGGCGUGACAGGGUGUAGGGUAGCAUAGCAGAGCAUAGGUGGACGUAGCGGGAUGUAGCAUGUUUCAGCAGGACAUCGCAGAGCGUAGCAUAGUGUAGUCGGGGGUGCAGCAUAACC